ACUACACAAACCUGAAAGCGUUGUUGCUGAUCUAACGAGAGGAAUCAUCCACACGAGGUUUUUUUUCUCUGGACAAUCUCCGAUGAGAACCCUACUUCUGUCGAAUUCCACUGUAUAUUUAACGAGGAAAUUAUCAUCGUCUAUUUGCCUUUUCCAUUUUCCAUCUCUUUCUCGGGAAACCAAAAAACUCCUAUACAUUCCCAGCCGAAAAUGCCUCCAGAAUAUCAACAUCCUAAAAUUCUCUUCGUUCAAGACGUCUUCGACUUCUGAACCAGCAAUAUACGGUGGGUGGGACGAGUUGAGGCCAAUUGGUGAGUCCGUCCAAUCCGGUGAGUCAACUCAGCUGCGUAAUUUUCUGGUUUCGAUUGGGAUUGAUGACAGAAAGCAUGUUUUUAUGUUUCUUUUCGGGUUUGUUUGUGCUUUAGCCAUUUCCAGAGUUAGAGUUAAGUCAAUUGUGGUUUUCCCAGCUUUUGUUUUGGUUUUCGCUAUCGGAUUAUCGUUUGGGUUUGCUCGUAGUGGAACCUUCAGCGAGCUUAGUGUUAGCAAGAGAAGGUCUAGAGAGGAGAUAUUCAGGGUUUAUAGUGACAAAUUGAGGGAUGUGGUGGAAUUUUUUGAUGGAAUUGAGGUUAAACUCAGUAAUUUAAAGAAUCAUAUACAAAAAGGUAUUGCUUUGAAUAAGAUUACAGCUGAUGAUUUGAAAAAUUAUGCUAAUGUAACUGAAUCAUUGAGACUAUCAUGUUUGGAUGCUAGAAAUAUUGUUGAGAGUGCUAUUGAUGGUAUGAGAAACUCUAAUGGUGUUUUAGAUGAGAAUCAGAAGUCAAGUAGGAAAAGGAAAGAGCUUGGUGAUGAUGGGUUCAGAUCAUUACCAUUUUUUCAAUGGUUGUUUGGAGAGGGUUUGGUUACUUCAAAAUCUAAUAAAUUGAAAGAUAAUAACAAACAUGGGAAGGAGGCAAGUUUGGCGAAUAAUCAAACUCAUGGAAAUUAUGCAACUCCUGCAGUUGAAGAAAGGAGUUUGAAUUUGAUUGAAAACAAUAGAGAAAAUGAGAAUUUCGAUUCUUUUCAGGGCCCAUCAAAUGGGCGUUCUUUUAAUUGGGGUAGAGACAGAAGAAUUAAGAUGGCUCUGGAAAAUGAAAAAAUUAAUGAAGGGGAGAUACAUGCAAGUGUUAAAAGAUACAUUGACCGUAAAGAGUAUAGUUCCCAGCAUAAAGAAUUGCAAUUCAUGAGUAAUAGUACUGUUCAUUUGAGGAUGGAUCAAAAUAAUCCAAAUGAGAAGCGGGUAUCCUGUGAUUCUUCGGAUUUUAAUGUCAGCUUGAGUCAUAUGGAAAAAGAAGCUGCCUUUGUGCAAGAGCAGAUCCUCAAGGAAUCCAGCAGAUCUUAUAGCUCCUCACUCGGACAGGAUAAUGGCGAGAAUGAGACUUACACUUCUCGAUUCAGAGAAACCAUAAAUUUUAAAGACAAUUCUGAUCUCGAUGAUCAUAAUUCUACACAUGAGAAUGAGGAUGGGUUGUCAUCUUCAAUGGUUUCAGAUGAUGUGGCAUUUGAUAGGUGUUUAGCUGAAGCUAAUGACCUUCUUAGCCAAGCCAAGGAGUGUAUAAGAGCUAAACACGAUGAAGAGCAUGCAGAGAUCAUGUUAUACAAGUCUGCCAAGUUACUCUCCAAAGCCAUAAUUAUGAAGCCCAAGAGUUUACUGGCUGUGGGCCAAUUAGGCAACACUUAUCUUCUUCAUGGAGAGCUAAAAUUGAAAAUUAGUCGUGAAUUGAGAGCUCUUCUUUGUAGAAGGGAUCCCUUACCAUCUGAGAGGCAAGGUAAGACACUCAAGGGUGUUGAUGACAAGCUGGCGAGUAAAGGCAGACUUGCAUCUGUCCUUGUCAAUGUAUGUGAAGAGUGUGAAGAACUUCUUGUGGAGGCAGGGAGGAAAUACAGGCUAGCUUUAUCUAUUGAUGGGAAUGAUGUGAGAGCGUUAUAUAAUUGGGGCCUUGCUCUCUCCUUCCGUGCACAGUUGAUUGCAGAUAUUGGACCAUUUCAGGAAGCAGCUUUUGAUGCAGACAAAAUCUUCUUGGCUGCAAUUGAUAAAUUUGAUACCAUGAUGUCCAGAGGCAAUGUUUAUGCACCAGAAGCUUUGUUCAGAUGGGGUAUGGCAUUGCAACAAAGAUCUCGUUUACGGCCAAUUACUAGUAAAGAGAGGGUGAAGUUGCUGCAACAGGCACAGAGACUAUAUGAAGAUGCACUUCAAGAGGACUCCAAUAAUUUCCAAGUAAAAGAAGCAUUAUCAUAUUGUAUAUCUGAGAUUAAUUUUAGGCGUUUGUGAUUCCAAUUUAAUGAAGUUCUCUCUGGGAUAGGCCAUGUUAUCUCUUUUGUUCUCCUCCUGUCUGGCGUUGGCGUAGUUUUAUUUCUGCCUUUGUUCAGUAGCAGCUUUUUGUACGUGCAAAGAAUAAUAUCAUGGGAUAUUUUGUAUCAAAUAAAAAUAUGAAACAGACAAUUAUUUUGUCCACUAGAACCACCUCAACCUUCUCUUUGUGUUGAUUCAAGUUGAAGUGGAGUCUUGAGUUUUAUUUAUGAACAUAAAA